AAAAACCCCAAACCUUCACUUCUGCAUUUUAUGUCUUUUGGGACAAACCGAGCUGAUACUUUGAUACAUAACCGUAUCUGAUAUCAUUCCUGUUCAUUAGUAAAUUCUGGCCUAAUGCUUUUGGUCUAGUGUUUGAAGCCAGGACUUUGCUUGUUAAAAUGUGUCAUCCCUGAGGCAUAAGCACAGCCACGCAGAUGGCCCUUCAGACAAUUCCACUGAUUUAACACUUCUGUGAGUUUCAGAGUUGCGGAGCACACUGCCCAGUGAGGACUACGGGGCUCAGUGCUUCUGCGGAUCUGGACUCUGGGGUUCUUUGCAUCCCCGUGUGGGGUGGGGUUGGUGCUGUUCAAGAGCUGUGUGUGAAUGUGAGCUUUUUGGGGAAUGAUCUCUCCAGUCUGGGGGGAAGAAAGACCUAGUCAAAUUCUGAAAAGCAUUCCAGGUCUGCUUGCUGCUUAAAGUGGUUUUGUUUUCAGAGCUGUUGUUGGUAGGGUUUGUUCUGAGGCCGUUACACCGAAUGGGGAUGCCUGCAGAAAGAGGCUCCUGUCUUAGAUCUGCAUGCCCUCUUCUGGGUUUAUAAUCGGGGGCUGGACUGUGCUUGAAGUGGAGAGGGAGAUUGUGGAGCGGCCACUUUUUCACUUGGCUAAACUUUGCAGAGAGGGUUUGUGUAAAAUGGCUGACCUUGGGUUCUCUCAAAACAUCAGCUAGCUGCUCCUCACUUCGCUGCGUUGUUCGUCCAUGGCUGUCAGUGCCUGAUCCUUAGUCCUAGGGUGCUUGGACAAACCUAGGAGCUAAACAGGUAGAACGGAUGCCCUUAGCAGGAGAAGCAGUGGCACGGAGAUUAAAUGAGUUAUGUGAGGUCCUGUGACAGAGCUGGGGGUAGAUUGAUCAGCUGGGCAAACCCAAGACAAGUUAUCUGGAAACGAUCCUUGUUUCCUUCUUUCAGGUCCGGCUGCUUCCACCCUCUGUCCGACACCCAGAGAUACUUCCCUUGUGGGCAGCCAGGUGCUCUCAGCUUUUCCCCCAGCUGCAUGGCUGAUGUGAGGAGCGAGCCUCUGCGCAGCAAACACGCGGCAGGGUUGGGGAGACAUCUCCUUGGAGGGACCUGCAGGUGGAGAGGGGCUGGGGGGCAGCAAGGAAGUAUCGGGCAGCAGCGAAGAGAUGGGACUGGCUGAAGUGAAGAAAAUCGCUCUGCUCUCCAAGAAGGAUUUUGUUCACUGCCUUUGUACCAGUGAUUUCUCACCUGUCUUUGGUGAUCAAGAGUUGUUAGGGACGAGUGAGUCAGAAACAUUAGUUAUGGUAAGCUACGGAGAGGUACUGACUCAACACACAGGCCAGACGCAGACAGAGAUUUACCAGAGCAUCCUUAGUCUCAGAAAUCAUUCAGUUAAAAAUAAUCAUUCUUCUAGAUUUUUAUUGAUGCUUGGCUGUUAUCGGGGCUGUGUCCCUGUGAGUUUUCACAGGAAAACUGUGUAAUCUCUGUUCUUGAUAAAAUGAAGUAGCUACCAAGAAAUGUGGUGGAAGUGACAUCUAUGGGGUACCUUCACACAGAUGAGAUAAAACAGUGUGUUGAGUCUGAUGUUCUGUCAACAGGGGCUGUGUUUAGCCACUGAGGCACUGGCAUCUUCGGCUACGUAUUUGUAACUCUGAUAAGGACCUAGUUUUUGGCACAGUGGUGUAGAGCAUCUUCACGGGGGAGAUGAGACAACAGCAUGCUACCAGAUGCUAAAGUCGUGGCUCAAGCCCUCUUUCCUUCUGUUGUAUUAGAGACGUUUAUAAAUCAAGGAGGUCUGAAAGGCUUCUGGUCUGCAGCACCAUGCUGGAUCCCAAUCCUCACUCUGCAAGCCGGAGGUGAAUCCAAGUGAAAGCCAGCUAUCGCAGGAGCUGUCAGGAUGACCAAAGCACGGCUCCUCCGUCUCUCUGUGGUGCUGGUCUCCGUCUUCAUGAUCCUCCUGAUCAUCGUGUACUGGGACAACGUGGGAACAGCACACUUCUACCUGCACACGUCCUUUUCCAGGCCUCACUCCCCAGGGGCCAUCCCUGGUAUCACUGCAGGUGGAGACUGGGAAGCCUUGCCAGAUGUGGAUGAAUUUUUGGCAAAGCUGCUUAGUUCGAACCUGAAACAGAACAGCUCUACCUCCCGAAAGACAGAGCAGCUGCUUGUCCAGGGCUCCAGCAAGCCCGUGGUGAGCAAUUUGGAGGAGAACGUACGGGGCUAUGACUGGUCUACACACAAUGCCAGAAACAGCUUGGACCAAGAGAAACUGCAGAUAGAGAGGCAGAGAACGUUGCGGGAGUUCUGUGCCAAUUCCAGCUUCGCCUUCCCCACCAAGGAGCGCUCCUUUGAUGACAUCCCAAACUAUGAGCUCAACCACCUGAUUGUGGAUGACCGCCACGGCAUCAUCUACUGUUACGUCCCCAAGGUGGCCUGCACCAACUGGAAACGGGUGAUGAUUGUGCUGAGCGAGAGCCUGCUGGACCAGGGGGUUCCUUACCGAAACCCCCUGGAUAUCCCGCGGGAACACGUUCACAACACCAGCACCCACUUGACUUUCAACAAAUUCUGGCGUCGCUACGGGAAAUUCUCCCGGCACCUCAUGAAGAUCAAGCUGAAGAAGUACACUAAGUUCCUCUUCGUACGGGACCCUUUUGUCCGCCUCAUCUCUGCCUUUCGCAGCAAAUUUGAGCUGGAGAACGAGGAGUUCUACCGGCGUUUUGCCAUCCCCAUGCUAAAGCUGUACUCCAACCAUACCAACCUUCCCACCUCUGUUAGCGAGGCCUUUGGGGCAGGCCUCAAAGUCUCCUUUUCUGACUUCAUCCAGUACUUACUGGAUCCCAGGACAGAGAAGAUGGCCCCCUUCAACGAGCACUGGAGGCAGGUUUACCGGCUGUGCCACCCGUGCCAGAUAGACUAUGAUUUCAUUGGGAAGCUGGAGACGCUGGAUGAGGAUGCUGCUUAUCUACUGCAGCUCCUCAAAGUGGACAGGCUGCUCCGCUUUCCUCCCAGCUACAGGAACAGGACUGCCAGCAGCUGGGAGGAUGACUGGUUUGCCAAAAUCCCACUGGCCUGGAGGCAGCAGCUCUACAAGCUUUAUGAAGCAGAUUUUGUACUCUUUGGCUACCCCAAGCCAGAAAACUUGCUCAAAGACUAAAAGUGAUUGGGCUGUGGGUGUGGGAGGGAACAUCUGAAAUACCAAAAAUGUUUAAAGCCUCCUCAUUUUUGCUCUUAACUCCCUUCCCCAUACAGGUUGGUACAAUGGAAUAUAUUUUUUCUACUGCUUCCCCUUCCAUUUUUGCAAUAAUGCUGGAGUCCAGGAUAUUCCAGCCAGCUGUGCAUAUGCAAAAAAAAAAAAGCCUGUUUUUUAUCAUUGUUUUCUGGGUUUUCUUUUUUUUUUAAUGUCCCCAUGUUUGCAAUGGGUUGCUGCCCACGGUCACUCUGCCAACUGUGUCCUUCAGUAGCUUUUUAUUAAUACUUUUUUAAAAUUAAUAUAUUUAAGAUAUUUAAUACGAAGCGUGUGUUGUGGCAAAGGAAAGGAAGGAAUAAAAAAACAAAAAGUCAAAGAAAAACCCAAGAAGUGGUGCAUCUGCCUCUCUGUGUUGUCUCGGGGCUGUUGUUUGUGCUGGAGGUGUGGUGUUGGCAGAGCACUCGAAUCUCUUUGGGAGCUGGGUUUGUUGGCGGUGCCUUUACCUGCCACACCUGCUCACGGUCACUCUGAGCUGGAUGCAACGCAGCUGGGGCAGCUCUUUGACUCUUCCAAACGUCCCUGGAAGAGUACCAGAGCUCUGGUGGUGCUCGCAGCGGGGGUCACCGAAGGGAAGUGGCUGUUGGGAGUACUGACGCCAAGACCUGUGGCCAGCCCAGUAUCCCUGCAUUGCUUCCACUUGCAGCAAAGUGGUGGAGGGGCUUGGCUUUCCAAAAACAUGUUUGCUCAGCCCCUGCUUCCAUGCCUUGCAUCUCCCACAAUGGUCCUUUUGGGGGUUGUGGCCGAUGUGGAUGGGCAGAGCGUGCUCUUGGAUGAAUGUGGUGCUCAGAGAUCGGCUCCACACCACAGCAGCUUAGGCAGGAACAGUUCAUCCUGUUGCAGGAUGGGGCUGAGGUCUGCUGCUCCAUGACCUGGUCACUGCUGUGUUACACCCCCAUCGCUGCGAGUGCUUUAGGGGGACAGGGCAAGGGUGCAGAUAUUUAUCCCGGGAAGAAUAAAACCCAAAAGAUUUCUUUCAAUUGGUGUGUGCCAAGGCGAUCUCAAAAUUCAUUUGUUUUCAGAGUGCUGACUAUUGCUCGUGACACUGCAUCCUCAUCCGCUGCAUUUCUGUUUAUACCAACUGACUGAUGCAGAUUUAAUCAUCUGCCUUGCUGGGACCUGCUGCAGGAGUGAUGGUUGCCCACUGUGCUAGGAGCCUGUGGGCUGCUUCCCAAAGGAAAUUAAUGCUUUUAGAGACACUUUUUGUAUCUAAUCAGCUGAAUCUGCUUCUCUUUGGAUUGCUCUGCAGAAACAGUCAGCUUUGCUGAUUGGGCAGGGAACUCCUUUAGAGCUGAAAUGCUUAAUUACUUCUUGAGCUGUGAAUGGUAUCAGUGAUUGAAGUCCAGGUUCAGGCUUUGGGAGGCAGCCCUGUGUUCUGGGCAGGCUCCUCUGAGCUGACAUUUUCUCAGUUUCUCCCGGAGGCCAUCAGCAGGCAUGACUUUUCCUCCCUGUUUCUUUCCUUCUCCAACCUCUGUACGUGUGCAUCGUCUGGGCAUAGUGCUCUCUUCCUGGUAAAUAGGCUGCAUCAAGCUUUUUAAUCUUUAAGUGAAAGGUAAUAGCAAGUAGUUAUGCUGGAGGCAAAGAAUCUGUUUCUCAUUGUAUUCACAGCACUCUCCUGUAAUUUCUGCAGAGAUAUUUGCAGUUUAAAUGAGCCUGAAGCCAUGAUCUGAUUCUUAGUGCUUAGAUCUUCACAGCUUGGGGAAAAAGGAAGUUCCUGUUUCUGAGUCAUUAUUUAAAACUAAUAAUAGAAAAGUGUUGAUCUAUUCAUUUUUUUUUCCAAUUACAAGCUAAUCGCUGAAAAACAGAGAGAUGUUGAGACUCUUCGUCUCCUGUAAUGAGUAAUCCCGGGAGUCUCAUGGUUCCUGUGAUAUUUACAUUUCUUCAGGGUGGGUUCAUCCUGCUCUUCAAAGAUACAGCAUGGAUGUUUUAGGCUGUUGUCAUUACACCGUGUUUGUUUUUUUUUUCUUUUAAUUUCAAUUUAAUUGAUGUUUAGUAUUUGCAGACGUGGGCAGCUGGGAACAUCGUGCAGAUGCGCUGCCAAGCGCAGCAUAGCACGAGCUGUGCAAACUUCCUUCCAGCUGCUUCCCCUGCGCCUCUUGACCGAGUCCUGUCUCUUCCUGCCCCUCUGAACCGUGCUCAGCCGAUGUGCCCCCUGCGAUGCUCGUCCUGCAAACCAGCUGCAGCUGCAUCCUCACCUGCAGUCACCCUGUGAUUCAUGGCUGUGGCUUAUCCCAGGCAGAGCAGGAGCAUCUUUCCAUGGUCACCGACUGAAUUCAAAAUGGAUGGGAGAGAACGCGACCGGGAUUGCCUCUUGUUUUGGUUGGAGCCUGGACAGUCCUCUGUGGAAAAAAGGGAGGAGCGCGGGGGAUAGCGAUGAGCCAGCAGGACGUGUGUCAAAAAGACAGCAGUGGCCAAAAUGCGGUCAGCAGGGAGUGGAGCAGAGCUGGAGAUGUGCUUCUGGAGGGGGAAAAAAAGGGUGUGGGGAGCUGAGGGCAUCUACAAACAAAACGAGACUGCUAUGGAGCGGGUAAAUGCUGAGAGGAGCAAGAGGGACUGCUGAGAAGGCAAGGGCCAUCCUCUGCAGCAUGCGGAACUGCCCUGUGCGCUUCUGGGGAGCUGUGUGCUUCUGGGAGCGCGGGCCAAGGCAGAAAUAAUUGAAUAACCGAGUGAUGAAAGCUUAUCAUAAUACCGUGAGCAAAAUCCAAGGAAUUCUGCUACAAGAUGCAGGGUCAGACAUUUGGGAUAGGUGUGGCUCUGCGAAUGGUGGUGGGACUCGCAGACUCAGCCCACCCAAGCAGCUGUUUAGAGGCAGGCUAGCGUCAGCAGCGGGCCGAGGUGCUCCUUGCCUGUGCUAGGACAGGAAGGCUUGCAGCUUUGCCAGCCCUCGGGCUCUGCAAGAAGCUGACAUCCCUGUGGUACAGCUGCUGCUAUGCUUGGGAGAUCACAAGCAUGCCACGUGAGCUGUUCCCAGGUUGCAGACCAGAGCAGGGAUGAGCUGACCCUUUUGUUUAAAUCAGCAGUGCUAAUGAAGAAAUGCCACGAAGAACUGUGAAAGAAGUGUGACCAGAGAGGGGAUGGACGUGCAGGAGAAGAGGUGCUGAUGACCUUUCUCGUGGUAUCAGGGAAACAGCCUGCUUGCAAAGCUCUCCUUUGGAAGCAAGAUACCGACUGAAAUCUAGCUCUUGAGUUUGUCAGCUUAGCCUGAAAAGACAACUAGGGACAAGCAGGAAACAUAGCCUGAGUGAUGACUUUGGUAACCAGCCCAGCACCACUGUGCACUUUCAGAGCCCUGCAUUGUGGAAGUGCUUCCAGUCACUCUCUGUUCCUUCUCCAAAUGUGUAUGCGAGCUGUCAGAGCUUCUUGGUGACAUUUCCAAGGGACAGCAGCUCACAACAUGCUCCUCCAGCAGGCAGCUCCCUCAGUGAUGCUCAGGACCCUGCGAAGACAGAGGUGGAGGCAGCUCCUCCUUCCCCAUCUCCUGCUCCUCUCCUUGCCCUGCCUGAGGACAAGUCGUGUUUGGGCACUGGGAGGACAGAGCCGUGCUCUCCACGAAGGAAUGUAGGAGUCCAGCUGGUCCCCCGGUGCCCAGUUCUCUCUGCCAGCCUAUUUCAGCCACAGUUACAUCCAGAAGUGUCCAUGGAAGCAGCUAAUUUUAAUUCCCCUACUUUUUUUUCACGAUCAUGAUUUUGUAAACAAGUUUAUUCACCCUUCCCGCCUGGCUCUGGGCUUUAUCCGCACGCAGCCAGGGAGCACAAACCGAAGUCUGAGCGCAGUCAUAGCUGCCUGCCCGGAUGCUCCUAAUGAAUUGUUUGCAGGCAAGCUUCAGACCUGCAAUUACACUCAGAAAUUAUUCAGCAAAUAGUUUUGAAUAAUGAAUCCCUUUGAGAAAUUUGAGUCGCUUUGCGGGCAGAUUCCAGACGGAGAACAUGCUCGGAAGUCUCAUUUUUCAACACAUUUUCCCCUCCGUUUGCCAAGCCAUGGGGUUGGCAUAGUAUUCCUUUCCGAUACCUUCACGUAGGACUAAACUGCUCCACCAGGCACAUGCGUGGUGCAUGCUGAGAGUGCCUACUUGUGUCUCCUGCUCUAAAACAGAGGCACAGGCACCGUGUGCCCCCAAGUCCCCUCAUAUCCCCCCUUGAUGGGGGUCUUCGCCUGUAGAUGCUACCAGCAGCGCAGAGCAUCGAGGGUUAGGGAGCAGGACCCUGCUGGUUAUCCCCUCUUUCAGCCAAUGUUACCUGUAUGAUCUGCAAAAUGAGCCUUAAAUUGCCGUGGUGCCUUUGGGCCAAGGGGUUGUAGAAGUGUAAAGACCCGGGAGAGGUCUGGGAGAGAAUUUGAGAGAGAAUUCCUCCUAAAGGAGGAGGAAAAAGCAGCUCGUGAGGUGAAGUUUCUGCGGGUUCGUUCCAGCUCCCUCCCGCCAGGCUGCGCGGUGAAGCGUGGUGCUGAUGGUUUCUGGCUGGGGGAUGGAGAGAUUUGGCAGGGAAGGCAGAAAUAAAUGACUGACAACCUUUU